GGAGAGGCUGCAUCAGUCUGCAGAGUGAACGAGAGUCUCUGUUCAAAUCUAAAGGAAGAGAUUAUAUUUGUGUUUAGUUCAUCAUGGCCGAGGCUCCUCUGGACUCGUCGGACUGUCUUUUGUGUUCUGAGGAGUUGAAGGAUCCAGUGACUUUGGGCUGUGAUCACCGCUUCUGUUACACGUGUCUGCAGGAGCACUGGGCCCCGAACAGGACCGGGGACUGUCCCAAAUGCAGACGGAGGGUUUCUAAAGGGCUGAUGGUUGAGUUUGCGCUGCAGGAGAAGAGAGAAUCUACUCAGAGACAAACGGACAGUUCAGAGGAGCAGACGGGAGGGGAGCAGGAGGAGGUGAGGAGGAAACUCCCUGAGGAUAUUUUGUUUGUGUCAGACAAACCCAAAGUGUCGUCACAGACACAGGCCUCUGCAGAGGACGAACUUCAGUCUGAAAUCCAGAGACUUGUGCAAAAGAAAGAGCACAGUGAGAAUAUAAAGAAACAAUAUGAGGACAUGUUACAGCACACAGAGAGACAGACACAGCGCUGUGAGGACGAGAUCAGGAAACGGUUCAACCUUCUCCGCCAGAUUCUUGAUCAAGAGGAGGAGCAGCGUCUGUACGAGCUCAGACAGGAGCAGGAGGAAAAGACUCGGAGGAUCCAACAGAAGCUGAGGGACACUGAGGCUAAACUGGCCUCUCUGUCUGACAGUAUUAAGUCUGCAGAGCAGCAGCUGCAGAGUCAGAGCUCUGCUCCUCUCACAGAAAUCAGGGACCCUCUGGUCCUGACAGAAGAACCAGACCCCCCAGCACCAGGACCUGGACUCCUGAUCAAUGAGGGCAGAGUCCUCAAGAACCUGGAAAAUUCAGUGAGGGACAAGAUGAGGACAAUGAUGAAUGCCAGCCUCAGCCCUGAGUUUCUUCUGGACCCAAACACUGCCCACAGAAAUCUGCUUGUGUCUGAGGAUCUGACCAGAGUCAAACACACAGAGACUCCAGACCCAAAUGUCCUUCUGAAUCCAGAGAGAUUCAGGUCUUACACCAGUGUCCUGGGCUCAGAGGGUUUCAGCUCUGGGUGUUGGAGCUGGGAGGUGGAGGUGGGAGAUCAUCCUGAGUGGACCAUAGGUUUGGUCAAAGAGUCUGUGGACAGAACAGCUGAACUGGAGACUUUACCAGAGAAUGGAUUCUGGUGUUUAAAGCAUCACGAGAAUAAAUACUACAACAUUACUGGUGAAACACUGACACUGAGAAAACGUCCUCACAAAAUCACAGUUCAGUUGUUCUAUGGAGUAGGACAAGAAGUUUCCUUCUAUGACGGCUGGUGUGUAAUCUGCUCCCACAUAGACACUUUCACUGAGAAACUCUUUCCUUAUUUUUAUGUGGGACCUAAAGGGGGCGCUAAAGACAUUAAAAUAAGUAAUAUCUAUUCUGAAUUCCUAUCACCAUCACUGAACGUCAAAGGUCAUAGGAGUGUUUUGAAGCCUCAGAAGGGGCUCUCAAGAGCCCAGUCUUCCACAAUAUCUUCAGUCUUCUUCCCUUACGACAGUUUCAGGAGGUCAGAGAGCUCUUCUUUAAGAGACCUAAACAGAAAACUCCAACUGCACCAGAAUCCUCAAUAA